CCCUGCAGACCUGUGCCACUGGAAAUUAACAGGAAUUUUUAUAAGAAAAUAUAUUUAGAAGCAACUAAAUAUCGAGCCAUGGGUCUGCCGCAGUUGGAUACGUGCUGUUUUGUUUUCGAUUUGAAGUCCGGGAACAUUAUCAUGGGAUGUUUGAACGCGGUAUUUUCGUUUAUAAUAACAAUAAUGAUGAUAGUAGUAGCUGCGAGCAUCGCGCCAAUACAAGAGCAGGCGUUUGAGGAGAAAGAUUUGGAGGCGGAGGCGGCCAUGACAGGACUAUACGUGAUGUCUAUUAUACUUGUGCUCAUGUUUUUAGCGAAGUUCUGCUUCGAUGUGUUAUUCGUUUAUGGAGUUGUUGUGGAAAGUGCGAAGAUAGUACGCAGUUAUUUCUUCAUGUGGUCGGUGUUCUUCUUCUUGUCUAUAUUUACGUUUUUCCUGAACGCACCGCAUUAUGACGUCGGCACCAUCUGUCUUGAGGUCUUCUAUAUUUGUUUGAACGUCUACGCGAUUCUAUUAAGCCACAGUUUCUAUAAGCAGUUGAAUAGCAGGGAAGAAGUUUAAAACAUUUUUAACUUUAAAAAUUGCUUCUAAAAGAUGUCAUCGUUAAUAUUAUAAUAU